AUGAUAAUGGGGCUGAAGAUGGUGGAAGUUGCUGCCGUGACCACCACCGUCAAUCUCCACGCAAUACAACCGUUUCCCUCCGUUUCCGUCCAAUCUGCUCAUCUUCAAUGUAUCAAAUUCCCAUUGAAGAGAACAAGCAAGGUCCGAGCUCUUCUUAUUUCGGAGUCUCCUCCUCCUCCUCGUUCCUCUCCCACUGUGACAUUUCGUCGAACGGUUGGAAGGCAGUCGUUAGUGAAAGGCGAAAUCGGUAACAAUUCCGGAGAUAAGGGCACAAACAGGAAAAGGGUAUUCUUCUUGGACGUGAACCCACUUUGUUACGACGGAAGCACGCCCAGCCUGGACGCUUUUGGACACUGGAUUUCCCUUUUCUUCUCUCAGGUCAGCCUUACUGAUCCUGUUAUCGCCGUAUUUGACGGGGAAGGGGGCGGUGAGCAUCGGAGGCGAUUGCUGCCUUCCUAUAAAGAACACCGCCGGAGAUUUUUGGCCGAUCGAUUAUCAGUGACGUCCCAGAAGCACGCAAAGGAUCACGCCGAAAGGGCUCAGGUAGUGAUUAAUGUAUUGUCCAAAUGCAACGUCCCUAUUGUGAAAGUUGAGGGUCAGGAAGCAGACGAUGUCGUAGCAACGCUGGCUGAGCAAGUUCGUCCGAGAGGCUACAGAGUGGUUAUUGCCUCCCCUGACAAGGAUUUCAAGCAGUUGAUUUGUGAAGAUGUUCAAAUUGUUUGCCCCAUUACCGAGCUGAAAAGAUGGUCUUUUUAUACCCUGAAGCACUAUUUAGCUCAGUAUAAUUGUGACCCGUGCUCUGAUCUCAGCUACCGUAGCAUUGUGGGUGAUGAAGUUGAUGGGGUUCCUGGGAUACAGAGUGUGGCACCUGGAUUUGGUCGAAAAACUGCUCUGAAGCUUCUGAAAAGACAUGGGUCGUUGGAGAAUUUACUGAAUGCCGCAGCAGUAAGAACUGUGGGGAAACAGUAUGUACAAGAUGCCCUGGUAGAGCAUUCUGAUUACCUGCGACGGAAUUAUCAGGUUCUUGCCCUGAGGAGAGAUGUUAAAGUUCAUCUUCAGGAUGAGUGGCUGGUUCAGAGAGACCGAUGUCAUGAUUCCGCUGCUUUGGCUGAUCUUUUCAAUUUGUUGGGGCAAAGGAAGAGAUGUUUAACAAGGAAAUGA